ACCCACCUCUCAACUUGACUCAUACAAAACCUGCGUUGUUUACUUGGCGCUCCUUUUGACAAACUCAAAGACGGCCGCAACGUUUGCACGCAAUGGCCGCCAUGGAGAACGGAUUGCCCCAGGGCGCCACCACCGGCAAACCUGUUCUCUUCUUCGAUAUUGACAAUUGCCUCUACUCAAGGAGCCACAAGAUCCACGAUCUCAUGGCCAAGCUCAUCGACCAGUACUUCGUGACGCACCUCUCGCUGCCCGAGGACGAGGCGGCGAGGCUGACGAGGGAGUACUACAAGAGCUACGGGCUCGCCAUCGAGGGGCUCGUCCGCCACCACCGCAUCGACCCGCUCGACUACAACGCCAAGGUGGACGACGCCCUGCCGCUGGAGGGGAUCCUGCGGCCCGACCCCGAGCUGCGCCGGCUGCUGGAGGACCUCGACCGGAGCAAGGUGCGGGUCCGGCUGUUCACCAACGCCUACGUCAACCACGGCCGGCGCGUCGUGCGGCUGCUGGGCGUCGACGACCUGUUCGAGGGCCUCACGUACUGCGACUACGCCCAGUACCCGUUCGUGUGUAAGCCGGCGCCCGAGAUGUUCCGCAAGGCCAUGGACGAGGCGGGCGUCGAGAGGGCCGAGGACUGUUUCUUCGUCGACGACUCGUACGACAACUGCAAGAGCGCCGCGGAACUGGGCUGGACGGCGGCGCACCUGGUGGAGGACGGGCUGCCUGUGCCCGAGAGCAAGGCGUCGCAGUUCCAGAUCCGCCAUCUGCGGGAGCUGCGCGACGUGUAUCCGCAGUUUUUCAAAUCGACCAACGCCGAGGCUUGAAACCUGGACGGAAAACAAAAAAAAAGGUAGCAGGCUGGGUUCACCCGGGUAUGAACGCGGCAUAUGGAUGGUCGACACAGGGGCCGGGCGAGCGUCGAGACGGAUGUUUAGUCGUUAAAAGAUAGCAUCAGAGCACCGCUAGAAACUAGACGCAAGACGGCAUCAGUAUAAACUGGGGGGUCGAUUUUGUAAGUAAGGACUAUCCGUAGAAAAGAAAGCCUUUCGUGCGAGGUCAGAACCACACAC